AUGGGUAAGUUGCAUUGUGCCAUUGCGGCCCUUGUGCUGGGUGCGCCAGUCGCCAUCUCAACAUCGGUUCAUGCCCGCCUCCCUUCCAAUGCGAUUGUGCAACGAGCGGCAAACGACACGUCCUCAGCCAACGGCAUUUUGCCCGGUUCCUACAUCGUUGAGUUUGCAAAUGACAGCGAGACACCGGAGAGCUUCUAUGCCUCGCUUGCGGCAGUCGGGGUAGAAGUCGAGCCUCGCAAGGACCUCCGCUUCCGAUACUUCAACGGCGUCUCAUUCCAGCUCAAGAACUUGGCCUCGAGCCCCGGCUCAAAUUCCAAUGGCGGGGACUUGAUGCAUCAGAUGAAAGCACUGCCACAAGUAGAGAACAUAUGGCCAAUUCGCAUCACGAACCAUGCGCCCGAAAAGAGUGUCGCAGUACCUGCUCAGCCACAACGCGUCAAGCGGCAGGUGGAGUCGCAGGAAGAUACUUUCUCCCCCCAUGUCAUGACCCAGGUUGACAAGCUACACGCAGAGGGCGUGACGGGCAAAGGCUUCCUCAUCGCAAUCGUUGACAGCGGCGUCGACUACACCCAUCCCGCCCUGGGCGGCUGUUUCGGAAAAGGCUGUCUGGUCGAAGUUGGGUACGAUUUUACGGGCGACGACUACAUCCCUGGCACAAAUCAACCAAAGCCAGACGACGAUCCCAUGGACAACUGCGUCGGACAUGGAACGCACGUUGCCGGCACUAUCGCCGCUCAGCUCAAAGGAAACGAAUACGGCUUUACCGGCUCUGCUCCUGGAGUGAGGCUGGGAGCAUACAGAAUGUGGGGCUGUUCAGCUGCAUCGAUAGACGAGAUUGAGGUCCUCGCAUUCGCUCGUGCCGUGGAAGAUGGAGCCAACAUCAUCUCGUACUCCAACGGUGAUGCCUCAGGCUGGGGACAGGAUGUGCGUGCCGUCAUCGUUUCCCGCAUUGUUGAUUCUGGCAUUCCUGUUGUCGUUUCUGCAGGCAACGAUGGUGGGCAGGGUAUAUUUUACGGCUCCACGCCAGCAACGGGAUUCAGCGUCACAGGCACAGGAGCGGCAUCCAACACCAAAUUCCCCACGUUUCUCGAGCGAGGUUCUUACAAGACGGGCGCCAAUGCUACCGGCAACAGUACGCAUGAGUUUGGAUUCUUGAGGGGUGUGCCAGAAUUCGCAACCGGCGCGACACUCCCGCUUUGGUCUGCUGCCAAUGCCGACGACGCCUGCAAGCCGCUGCCCGAUGAUACACCAGAUCUGAGCCAACGCAUCGUCCUCCUGGAAUUCAAGGAUCCGCGCGCAACGCAAUGUUACCCGCAAGACCAAGGUGCCAACAUCGCUGCAAAGGGCGGGCGCUUCAUGGCGUACUAUGAGCGCACCAACCUGACGAUGCGCGACGAGCCAUAUUUGUACACUGAUGGCAUUCAAGGCGUCAUCAGGGUCGCCCCGUAUGCUGCCGAGGAUUGGCUUUCCCUGCUUUCACAAGGUGCUACCGUCUCCGUGACUAUCCCCUCCAACGGGUCCCAAACGCAUCUCGAGGAGCUUGAAAAUAACGAGGGUGGUGGCUACGUUGCAGAUACUCUAACCAGUUGGGGCCCGACUUGGGAACUCAGCAUGGAUCCAGAGGUUGUAGCGCCCGGAGAGAAUAUUCUGAGUACAUAUCCGACGGCUUUAGGUAGUUACCGGGUCAUGACUGGUACCAGCAUGUCAACUCCUCUGGUCGCAGGCGUCUACGCACUGCUUGGAGAGGUAUACGGUAAGCUGGAACCGAAGCGCCUUCGCAGACUCCUGAUGCACACCUCAAAGCCACUUGCCUGGUACUACGACAAGACUGUCCACCCCGACAUCCUUGCUCCUGUCCCACAACAAGGCGCCGGACUUGUACAAGCCUGGAAUGCUGCACGCACUACCCUCGAGAUCGACAUUGACAGCAUAGCGCUCAACGAUACGGAGCACUUCGUCGGCACUCACAGCUUCAGCGUCAUCAACACCGGCACCACCGACGAGGUGCUGGAGUUGAGCCAUCGUAAAGCUGUCACGAUAAACACAAUGGAUCCAACAGGUUUCUUUUUCCGUCCAGGCUUGAUUUCUAACUCCAUUGUAAACGCAUGGGCCACCGUAUCCUUCUCAUCCGACCGCAUCACCGUCCCCGCCGGUCAAUCCGCCAAAGUGACCGUCGACAUCACGUCGCCUGGAGGUGUCAAUGCGACUUUGCUACCUGUCUACAGCGGCUUCAUCGCCGUCGGCAAGCAACUUCACCUCCCGUACCUCGGCGUCGUAGGCAGCAUGCGCAAGGCUACCGUUUUCCCGUCCGGAACUGCUUACCUUGCACAAGGAUACUCAGAGGCACCUGCAAACGCCUCUUACACCAUCCCCCGCCCCGAUCCCCAGAAUCCGCCUUGGACCGACCGAGGUGACAACUACAACCAGCCCAAUGUGUACAUGUUUCCUUCGGUGGGCUCGCCUUUGCUACGUGUAGAUGUGCUGCAGGGCAACAAGACACUCGGACCUUUGGCGGGAUUCCCGCUAACGUACAUCCCGAGGAGUGAGGUGCGUGCGUACUUCAACGGGUUGAUGGCUGAUGGAAGGGUAUUGGAUGAGGGAACGUACCGCAUGAAAGUUGCGGCGCUGCAUAUUUUUGGUAAUGAGGAUAAUGACGAGGAUUGGGAUACGGUUGAGACGAGUAGCUUUACGGUCAAGUAUACGGCCUAG